CUACCCCAGAACCCAUGCAUAACUGCAUGUCCACGGUCAGUCUAGAAUGUGGCUAAAUCAAGCGAUGACUUGUCGCGGCCGAAGUGGAACAGACCUUCCACCACUCACGUCAUCUGAAACACCAGCCGAUCCGCCAUUCCCAAAUCAGCACGGACAAAACGCCAGCAGAGCCGAAUUGAUUAACGGCCCUGACGAUCACCGUCUCUCCGUUCUAUAAGCGGAUAUACAGUGGGUUUCCUUCCCUAUACGAAACAGACUCCCCUCGAUCCUCAAGGAGCUUCUCAUUUUCGAAACGGAGGAUGGUCCGAUUGCAAAGGUCCCGGAUCAGGCUUCUAUAAGAAGAGGCAGGUUGGCGCAGGAAGCAUGAGAUUCAGAGCCAGGCGACUCGACACCACCACACAACCAAGAUGAAGCUUUCCCACAUGCUCCUCAGCCUCGCUAGCCUGGCGCUGGCGACAGCUCUUCCCCGGACGCCGAACCACAACGCGGCCACCACCGCCUUCCCCAGCACCUCGGGGCUGCACUUCACGAUUGACGGCAAGACGGGCUACUUCGCCGGCACCAACUCGUACUGGAUCGGGUUCCUGACCAACAACGACGACGUGGACCUCGUCAUGAGCCAGCUGGCGGCAUCCGACCUCAAGAUCCUGCGGGUCUGGGGAUUCAACGACGUCAACACCAAGCCCACCGACGGGACGGUGUGGUACCAGCUGCACGCGAACGGCACCUCGACCAUCAACACGGGCGCGGACGGGCUCCAGCGCCUCGACUACGUGGUGACCUCGGCCGAGAAGUACGGCGUCAAGCUGAUCAUCAACUUCGUCAACGAGUGGACCGACUACGGCGGCAUGCAGGCCUACGUCACGGCCUACGGCGCCGCCGCCCAGACGGACUUCUACACCAACACCGCCAUCCAGGCCGCCUACAAGAACUACAUCAAGGCGGUCGUCUCGCGGUACAGCAGCUCCGCCGCCAUCUUCGCCUGGGAGCUGGCCAACGAGCCCCGCUGCCAGGGCUGCGAUACCUCGGUCCUGUACAACUGGAUCUCGGACACGUCCAAGUAUAUCAAGUCGCUGGAUUCCAAGCACCUGGUGACGAUUGGCGAUGAGGGCUUCGGUCUUGACGUCGACUCGGACGGGAGCUACCCCUACACCUACGGCGAGGGAUUGAACUUCACCAAGAACCUGGGCAUCUCGACCAUCGACUUCGGUACUCUGCAUCUGUACCCCGAUAGCUGGGGCACUUCCUACGACUGGGGCAACGGCUGGAUCACGGCCCACGCGGCCGCCUGCAAGGCGGUGGGCAAGCCGUGCCUGCUGGAAGAGUACGGAGUGACCUCCAACCACUGCGCCGUCGAGAGCCCCUGGCAGCAGACGGCCGGAAACGCGACGGGCAUCUCCGGCGAUUUGUACUGGCAGUAUGGCACCACGUUCAGCUGGGGCCAGUCCCCGAACGAUGGGAACACCUUCUACUACAACACCAGCGACUUCACGUGCCUGGUGACGGAUCAUGUGGCGGCCAUCAAUGCGCAGUCGAAGUAGACUGUUGGCAUGGUGGAAGGAACAAGUAGCCUUAGUAUAGGAUUAGCCAAUUAUUGCGGUGGAGAGAACAAAUAAAAUGGUGGUCAUCAU